AUCCGUCGAUCCUCCCUCACCUUCGGCGACGUCCUCGGCCAAGGCUCCUGCGGGGAGGUCAGGAGCGCCCUCUACAACGGCAGGCAGGUCGCCGUCAAGACCCUGUGCUCCAAGCUCGACGCCCGGUCCGAGGAGGGCAAGGACCUGCUCAAGGAGAUCGGCAUGAUGAGCCACGCGUUCCGGCACAAGAACGUGGUGGACUUCUACGGCAUCUACGAGCACGACGGGCUGCCGUGGCUGGUGAUGGAGCUGAUGCCGGGGGGGAGCCUGGAGCAGUACUACGAGGCCAAGAAGAAGUCGCGACGGGACGGGCGCUGGCGGCCCGAGACGAGGAGGGCAGUGUCGUGGGUGGAGGACAUCCUGAGCGCGCUGGCGUACCUGCACGCGCAGAAGCCGCCGGUGAUCCACCGAGACAUCAAGCCGGCCAACAUGCUGCUGACGGGGGACGGGAGGACGGUGAAGAUCGGGGACUUUGGACUGACAGGCACAACGGGGACGUACCGGUACAUGGCGCCGGAGAUCUUCCGGGGAGAGGGUCAGUACACGGCGGCGGUGGACGUGUACUCUUUCUCGCUGGUGAUGUGGUACAUCUUCGCCGGGGAGCAUCCCUUCUGCAACAUCGACGGACACUCGGUGGCCAGCAUGGCGGCCAAGCACGACUUCCGUCCGUCGCUUCUCAACGAUCGGGUUCCGAGAGAGCUACAGGGGAUGAUGAGGCGAUCAUGGGCAGGGGAGGGAAAGGAGAGGCCGAGGGCGGCGGAGCUUCUGGAG